AUGUUUGAUCAUGUCAUAAAUGCUUUGCCUGAAGGUGUGUGUAUUCAGUACAAAUACGAGCCGCACGUAAGCUACCGUAACCAUUUUCAUUCAGCCAUGUCGAAAGCUCUUGCUCUAGUUCUGGUUUUGGUUGCUGUGACGUCUGCUUUUCAUUUGCAGAGCGAUCCCAACGUUAUACGUCAAGUUUGUACGUACGAAUGGCGAUACUUUUGCCAGAGGCAGGGAAUGACUUGUAGAGCUUUCCAGCAGUUUGACGCUAGCAUUCCCAGACCUCGAUGCGAAUAUCCCUGGCAAAGAAGAGGCGGAUGGUGAAGCAGACGAUAACUGUGGUGGAGUUGUACAAAUUAUAUUAAUAAUAAAUUUGUUUUUUAAAAUU